UCCAUUCUUUCUAACAGGCUUGCUGCAACCAUGAAAUGCAUUUCUGCUAUCUUUGUUUGCUUUGUUCUCUGCCUUUCUACAAUUCAAAGUGUGUCAUCACAAAAUGCUAUCACCCCUCCAAGAGGUUGGAACUCUUAUGAUUCCUUUAGCUGGAUAAUUUCCGAAGAAGAAUACUUACAAAAUGCUAAUAUAAUUUCUCAGAGUUUACUUGCUCAUGGAUAUGAGUAUGCUGUUGUGGAUUACCUCUGGUUCAGGAGUCUUAAGGGUGAUAGUAAUUCUCUUGGUUUUGAUUUGAUUGAUAAAUGGGGAAGAAUGCUCCCUGACCCUGAAAGAUGGCCUUCAUCAGGAGGAGGGAGAGGGUUCACUGAUGUAGCUAAUAAAGUACAUAGCAUGGGUUUAAAGUUUGGGAUUCAUCUUAUGGCUGGAAUCAGUACACAGGCAUUCAAUAACAACACACCAAUACUAGAUACCAAAACGGGACAACCUUACAUGGAAUCUGGUCGAACAUGGAAUGCAAAAGACAUUGGAAUCCCGUCAAGGACUUGUCCAUGGAUGAGUAAUGGUUUCAUGGCUAUAAAUGCAACAACAGGAGCUGGAAAAGCCUUCUUAAGAUCAAUUUAUGAGCUGUAUGCUUCAUGGGGAGUUGAUUUUGUGAAACUUGACUGUGUAUUUGGUGAUAACUUUAAUUUAGGUGAAAUAAGAUCUGUAUCAGAGAUUCUCAAUGGCUUUGACCACUCCAUAGUGUUUUCUUUGUCUCCUGGAGUCUCAGCAACACCUGAACAGGCUAAGAGUGUUAGUAGUCUAGUUAACGCAUACCGUGUAACAGGAGAUGACUGGGAUGAAUGGUCAGCAAUCUUAGCUCAUUUUGAUGUAGCAAGAGACUUUGCUGCAUCUAAUUUGAUUGGAGCAAACGGUUUAAAGGGGAAAUCAUGGCCUGAUUUGGACAUGCUACCAUUUGGAUGGCUAACUGACCCAGCUGCUCAUGUAGGUCCACACAGGUUUACUAAACUUACUCGAGAUGAGCAAAGGACUCAGAUGACUUUGUGGAGUAUGGCAAAGUCUCCCAUUAUGUAUGGAGGGGAUCUUCGGAAAAUUGAUUCAUGGACCUAUGAUCUUAUCACAAAUCCAACCCUAUUGGAGAUAGAUGCUUGUAGCUAUAAUAACCGGGAGUUUCCUCAUGUCACAACAUUAAAUGAUGUCAAGACUGAAGGACACAAUGUCACAAAAGUACCGUUUUAUUACUCCCUAGCGCUCACUGAAUGCACUGAUCCAAAAGCACGUGGUUGGUCUGGUGAAAAAUAUAGCGAAGAUCCUGAAAGAAUCUGUUAUAAGAGUCCAACACAGGAUCAGGAGAAACCUUUGUGUGUUCACGAGAGAGAACUCCCAAUAGCAUUAUCGUAAUCACGCUUUACCUUAGUUUCUUCAAUUUAUUUGUCUAAAUUUUGUUCUAGUUAUCUGUGCUAAAUUAUAUUACAUUGAUCUUGGUGCAGAAAACAGACAUUAAUCCAAUCUGAACAAACAUGGGAGUUGAAAUCAAAUGGCACUCUGGUUAAUGGUCAUUCUGGCAUGUGUGCAACAGUGGAACAUGUCCGAGCUAAAGGUUAUCCUAAUAGAAUUCGAUCUUGGAUUGCAGCCGGAAGAAGAGGAGUGAUAUACGUUGCAUUUUUCAAUUUAGUUGACGAGAAGACAACAAUAUCUGCAAACAUUGCAGACUUGGCUAUUGCGAUUCCGGGUAGAAAAAGAAAGUUGAGAGUUUGUGCAGGAACCGAAAUAUGGAGUAAUGUAUAUUUACGGAUACGUAAUACGUUUUCAAUAGAAUUAUCAGCUCAUGGAUGUGCGUUAUUUGUCCUCAAGUGUGCUUGAAUUUGGCCUAAAAUCUUAUUUGAA